UAUGGCGGCGGUAGAUAUUCGAGACAACCUGUUGGGAAUUUCAUGGGUUGACAGUUCCUGGAUCCCUAUAUUGAACAGUGGCAGUGUCUUGGACUAUUUCUCUGAAAGAAGUAACCCUUUUUAUGAUCGUACAUGUAAUAAUGAAGUGGUCAAAAUGCAGAGGCUCACAUUGGAGCAUUUAAACCAAAUGGUUGGAGUAGAGUACAUCCUUUUGCAUGCCCAAGAGCCCAUUCUUUUCAUCAUUCGUAAACAACAGCGGCAGUCCUCUACACAAGUUAUUCCAUUAGCUGAUUAUUAUAUCAUUGCUGGAGUAAUUUAUCAGGCACCUGACUUGGGAUCUGUCAUAAACUCCAGAGUGGUAAGUGUCUUCAGUUUUGUAAGGCUCACUGCAGUGCAUGGAAUUCAGUCAGCUUUUGAUGAAGCUAUGUCAUAUUGUCGUUACCACCCUUCCAAAGGGUACUGGUGGCAUUUCAAAGAUCAAGAAGAACAAGAUAAAGCUAAACCUAAAGCCAAGAGAAAAGAAGAGCCAAGUUCUAUUUUUCAAAGGCAGCGUGUAGAUGCUUUACUCUUAGAUCUGCGACAGAAAUUUCCACCCAAAUUUGUUCAGCAAAAACCUGGAGAAAAGCCUGUUCCAGUGGAUCAGACCAAAAAGGAGCCGGAGCCUACACCCGAAGCUAUAAAAACUGAGGAAAAGGAGACUCCUAAAAAUGUCCAACAGACAACUAGCACUAAAUGCCCUCCUGAGAAACGAAUGCGGCUACAGUGAAUGUCAUUUCUUCGCAACCAAAGAGAAAAAUUCAAAAUUCCCUUUCUCCAGAUGACAUGAGACUUCUGCAGCAAAGACUGUAUAUCAUUGUAAGGUUUAAAAUUUCUCCUUAUAUAGCUUUUUCUUUAUAAGAAGCUCUGGUUCUCUUAAGAAAGGAUUUUAUCUCCCUUCUUUGUAUAUUAGAUUUUUUUCCCCAUUAAUCUUUUAUAUACUUCCCUACAUCAGCCUUAUGUGUAUAUAUGUGUUUAUC